ACAGGAAAAUAGGCUUUUAAUAUGAAGGUGCAAACCGGAUGUGUCUUGUGUAUCAUUUCCGCCUUUGCCGCUGGUCCAUCCUCACAGGAGGAGUGAGGUUACAGACAGUCAAGAGGACCAGCCGACAUCACUCGAACAGCGUAAAGUUCCUUCGGGACCGCCUCGCUGUCUGUUUGGACCGUCCACGGCCCAACAUGACGAUUCCGAACCCGCAUUUGAACAACGACGCUUCAACGGCUGCUGGGCGAAUGUAAAAAAAAAAAAAAAAAGCGGGGAAGUUACUUUUGGGGAGGGGGGUCAAAGGACAAAGUUACCCAUAAAAAAUAAAUAUAAAAUAAAAGGUGAAUUUUCGUCGAAGAAGGUCGCUUUUCUUCUGUGGAGGGGAGUGGGCUUCAUCGUUUUUUUGGGGGGCAUGGACACCCACGUGAAGGAGGGACAACUUUAUGUGCAACACCAAAAGUUUGGAAAGAAAUGGAAGAAAAACUGGUUUGUGCUCUACCCGGCUAGCCAAAACGGCAUCGCCCGCCUGGAGUUCUACGACUCGCACGGGAGCGGAUCCGGCUCCAGCGGAGGCUCGAUGAGCGCCUCCAACGAGAAGACCAGGAAGCUGGACAAGAAGAUCAUCCGCCUGUCGGAGUGCAUUUCCAUUCUUCCCGCCCUGACGGAGAGCUGCCCCAAGGAAAACAUGGCGGCGAUUUGCGUGGAGACAAUCGACAAGACUCACGUGUUCGCGGCAGAAAAGAACACUAUCACGGAGUGGAUGGACACCAUGUGUGACAUUGCGUUUCAGGGGGGAUGUGGCAGCAGCAGCAGCAAUGCCGCAGACUCGAACGCAGGACCCAAGGACCUGCAGAUGGCGGACAACCUCAUCUACUACUCCAGAGAGGAGGUGAACGAGUUCUGGGUGACGGUUCAGCGCAGCGAGGCGUCGGAACGCUGCGGACUCUCCGGAAACUACUGGCUGAAAGCAGAGAGUGACGUUUUGAUCUUGAAGGAGCCGAAGACCAAAAGGAGGGUUCUGGUGUGGCCCUACAAGCUGCUGAGACGCUACGGGAGAGACCGGGUGAUGUUUUCGUUCGAGGCUGGCCGCCGGUGCGAAUCGGGCCCCGGCAACUUCACCUUCGACACAAAGCAGGGCAACGACAUCUUCACCGUGGUGGACCAGGCCAUCCAGUCUCAAAAGGCCCUGGCUGAGGAGCAUCACCUCAGCGGGCCGUUCAACUCUGACCCCGACUGCCCCUCGUUGCUGCCGCCGCGCGGCUCUAUUCCCGGCAGCGGCGACAGCAGCGGCAGCUGCAGCAGCCGGGAGGCGGACGGCGACUCAGGGGGCAGCAAACCGGGUUCUGCCGACGGCGUGCUCGGUAAAAGAGAGGGAGGAGACGGGGGGAGGGGACAAGCAAGCGGCGCGGUGCACAAAGGGAGGAGUUUACCUGAACUUCCCGCGAUGCUGGGCGUUUUGGGGGGAGGAACGACACCUCCCCGUUCUCCCAGAGGCCAGAAGAGUGCGUCAAUGGAAGAACAAAUGGGUCUUUAUUCGGAGCCUGCAGAUUCGGUCCGCCUGCAUCUGCAGGGCGCCGAUGGCCUCUACUCUGACCCGGUGGACAGCCUCAAGGGUCAGAAGAAGACCAACGUCCCAUGCAGCCCCCCUUUGCCCACCCCACGCCUUCGACCGGUCGGAGACGACGCCUCUGGAAGCGGUGGGGGCAAUCACCACCACGGAGGCAACAGCCAAAGGAAGACAUCUGACCCGUACUGUAACGUCUACAACCAAAUUAGUGCUCUGAAUCUGAACGGGGCAGCAGAAGGAGGAAGAGGAGGAGGAGGAAGAGGGAAGAACACGAGACCCGCAGGAGGCAAAGCGGAAGGGUCCUCGUUUCCUCCCGUCAUUUCCCUGGAGCACAUAUAUGAUGAACCAGAGGGAUGCGCCAAGGGAGGCGGCGGUGCACCGAGCAGCUUAAGCCCGUGCCCGUACGAGGAGGCCCGGCUGGAGCUCCGCCUCCUGAAGAAACAGGAGGCGCUUCCUAACGCGUCUGAAGCAGAGGAGAACUUCAGCUCCGUCUGUCAGGGGAGGCCUUUAGAUCCGCAGAGACACUGCGCUCCUCAGGCAGCCCCGGGUCGCAGCACAGCCAAGGGGCCCAAGCCGGUCACCGCCCCAAAGCCGAGCAGGAGCGUUUUUGCACGCAAGGAGGCCUUCCCCCCGCCCCCUGGGAAACACGCCCCCAAUAGUAGUAAUUUCAACAACAACAACAACAACACGUGGGCGUCGGCAGGAGCAGGAAAGGAGAUCUACAGCCAGGUAUCCAAACAGAAACCUCCUCAUUUGUGGUACAACCAGAACCAGCUGAGAUCUCCUGAUAUAAUUUAUGACAACUUGGGGGACAUUUAACCGUCUUCAGGACAGAUCGUUCUUGUAGAAAGAGCCAAGCUCACUUCUAUGGACCGCGUCAUGUGACACACUUGUAUUGUUCUGAGUGGAUUGUUGGAUGGAGGAGCCUCUGUUAGGACCCGAGCUGCACUGUGCUGGAUGGAGCCUGUUCACUCCAACGCCUUUGAAAUUGAAGCCUUUGGAAUUUACUUUAACAAGCUCCAACAUCAGACUGGAAACCAUGUUUUUUUUCGUGUGGAACUGCAGCUUUUUACUGCUUCUCUCAAAUGUGACGCAGCGCCAAAGCCAGAAGUUACAGAAAGAAAGCUUCCCGCAGAUUUCAUUUGGCUCUCUUUGUGCCUGUUUGGACUGACCUUGUACCUAAAAGUGAAACAGUAACAUUUAUCAGGCCGGGGCGCCAACAAAAGGACUUUGGUUUCAUUAGCGGAGCCACUAAAUAAUUACAUUUACAAAUAUAUCUGUUGGUGUAAAGGUAGCAUUUUUCCAGUGGAUGCAUAAAAACCUUUAUCCCUUGUGCUAUCCUAUGGGGGUCAAGAUGACUAUUGACGUGUUCUCCCUACCAUGACAAAGGUGGAUAAAGGUGGAAAGAUUUCAUGUAAUCCAUGGACACCAGUGAAGAUCACAAAUCAUUGAAGAAAAAAGGUUCAGAGUACUGUCUAGUGGGUCUAGAUGACCCCACUCCCAAUGUUAAAGGGCCUAGGAUAGCACAAGGGUUAAGAAACAUUUGAGUCUAUCAAAUCAACGUUAAUAUUUUUAAAUAUUGAAUGUUUUUGUAUCGAUAAACUAAUUAUGGAACUAAUCAAUCCCAACAAUGUGUUUAUGGGACCGAAACAGCUGUGCUGUUUUGUAAAAAAAUAACGUACAAUAAAAAGCUCUCUGACCAGAAUCCAAAAAUCCUUUUCUCAACGCAUUUACUCCUGUUUUUGGUGUUGAGAGAUUCUCUCAGAAGAAAAUAGCGUUUAUGUUCACUUUUCUGAUGAUAGAGGACAUAUUCAAAGAAAACUCCGAUUAAAAUCGUUUUUCUGAGUAUUCGCAGACGAAUGGAGCAGACGAAAAAAAUUCUGUUUGAAAAAGAGCGAAUUUUUGACGUAGAAAAUCUGAUGGGCGGGGCCACGAGCUCCCUGCUCCAUUCUGAUGCAUCCCCUUGUAGACGGCCAUGCACGUCUUUGUUUUUGUUGUACCGGUUAUGAGGGGCUGUAAGCCAGCAGGAGAGAGAGUAAACAGUGGGGGUGGAUUUCUAAUGAACUCUUGCUGCUCUGCAGAAACUAUGUCCUAGAAAACAACGUCAUUAUAAUUAAAAGGAACAAUAUUAAAAUAGAUCCAAGGAUGAUGGGAGUGGGACUUUAACAGAAGACUUAUAAAGAUGCAUUCUGACCUCACCUCCACCCUUCCUCCACGCUCUGUUUUUGUUGUUUUAGCUACUUUCCAAUGACUAAAACAGACCUCCUUUCGUACUUUCCGUUCCUCCUCUCUCCAUCCCUUCAUUAAUUGUGUCGUUUUGGUCACCUUGGCGACUGAUAAUUGCGGCUGGUUCGUGUCAGACGCGCCGCGCAUUUCAACUGCGUGGAGAUAGCACAGACGACUUGAGGUGCAAGAGAGGGAACGGCGGGAACAAAAGGGGGUUUUAUCCUGAGCUGGGGAUGACGAAAGAGCGAGAAAAGCGGCGCUCAAAGGCCGAGAAAAGCGGCGGAAAAAAGAUGCUGACAUGAUGAAUGCUGGCUGGAUGAACCUGCCUGCGUCUGCUUGGCUGGCAGACAGGUACAGACUGUUUCCUUAGCUGCUGCUUUUCAUCCCUGUUUUCUUUUUCCAUCUGCUGCUGGAAGAGAAGUGAAUACAUCGCUUCAUUCAGACUGAAAGAGGGAAGAAAAACAGAAAGAGAAGCGGCAAACUUCUGUUUUUCUCGUUAACCUUUGGUUAAACUUGACUUUUUUUUUUAAAGGGUGUAGCACACAUUUGUGGAAUAUCUCAGACUUCAACCUGGCUUCCUGUUGCUGAAACUUUUCAGCUCCAGUUGUUUCUCCAACGUGAAACAUUUGAUUUCUUUUUAUUUAUUUAAUUUGAAAGCUACUGCAUUUUUUUUUCCAAUCAAUUUUCCUUUUUACUUUCAUCCUAAAUGACCAGAGAAGCUAAACUGUGGACUUGUUUCAGAACCAUCAUGACUCAGCAUCCCCCCCCCCCCUUAUUGCAAAGUUAAAACUAAAAGGUUUCAAGCACUUUGGUCUGAAAAUAACUGGACCGGUUUGACAGAGUGAACCAACAGGAGCUCUCGGUUGCACAUGGCAGCGUGACGGCAUGGCGAAAUAAAAAAAAAGGAAGGUAGUCAAAGUCAACUUUAAAAAAACAAAAAACAAAAGUUCACAUCAUGCUGAUGUCAAAGAUUUCGUUUUUGCAAAACAGGACGUUUUACCAUCGAAUUUUAAAUGAGCCUUAACAUGGGUCUGGUAGUGUGUUACCAUGGUAACUGGGAUGUUUACUGACUCGGCUCAAGUUCGAAAGCAAAUUGAACCAAAAUGUUCAUUUCAUUUUUCCAUUAAAGUGCUCUAAGUGAA